GUCGUCACUGACGUAUCCUAUGAACAUUCUAAUUCAUAAAUUCAUAUAUCUCCCAUGAAUAAUCAUCAAUGGAUCACUCAUCGAAUCAAGAAAUAGAAAAGUCGGUGUAAAUGCGGUUUUUUUCGCACAGACCAGUGGACAAGUGAUUUAAUCGUGUCUUGCAUUUCCAUUACAAAUUCUGCUCGGGAGUUUUCAUUUAAAUCCAGUCGAUGUGCCUCACGAUUCGUCUCUUUUUUCCCACAAUCCAGUGAUAGUGAUAAUUGAUUAUGUAUUCGAAAAUCUCGAUCAGUGGCAUCUGACCUCGGGCAGGGGAAACUCAUGAUUUCAAAACGAUUGUUUCCUGGGUGAUGACCCGAUGAAUACAAAUCGGUGAUUGUUUUUGUUUUUCGGGAUAACCAGAGUUCAGUGGCGAUGGGUCAGGAAAAUUUGAUGUGAAUAUUGGGGGAAAUGGUCAGGGACGCGAAACCGAGGAGGAAGAGUGUCGGGGAAUUCCGAGACUACUGCGACAUUCCCGUGGGAAUCGAUCGAUCGGAUGAGCCCGAGGGACGCCGAAGGAGACGAUCGGGCACUUGGCCGAGAACCAGGAGCCUCAACGCACCUAGUCCCAUCCAGGAGUUUGGACCAUGCGGACGAAUCAUGAAAAAUUCAGCAAUGGUCAUGACCAUUCAAGACCCAGCAUCACAGAGACUGACCUGGUACAAGUCCCCCCUCACCGUUCUCGUUAUCAAAAAAGUUCGUGACCCUUCAGUGUUGCCGCCCUUUGUUCAAUUAGUCACAUGGCUCAUCGAGGAAAAACGAAUGGUGGUAUUUGUGGAGGCAUCAGUCCUGGAGGAUCCGGCAUUGGCCAGGGAUCCACGAUUCCAGGGUGUACGGGACAGACUGCAAACAUUUAGAGAUGGAACAGAUGAUUUACAGGACAGAAUUGAUUUUAUUGUUUGCCUCGGUGGUGAUGGAACCCUACUUUAUGCGAGCCUAUUGUUUCAACAGUCUGUACCACCUGUCAUGGCAUUUCAUCUCGGCUCUCUUGGCUUCCUAACGCCAUUUAAGUUUGAUAACUUUCAAAAACAAGUUACUGAUGUCCUUGAGGGUCACGCUGCAUUGACCUUAAGGAGCCGUCUGCGUUGCCUAAUAAUGAGAAAGGGCGAGGAUGGACAGCCGACAAAACCCCCUACAAACCUUCUCGUUCUCAACGAAGUUGUUGUUGAUCGUGGGCCCUCACCUUAUCUAUCGAAUAUCGAUCUCUUCAUCGAUGGAAAACACGUUACCAGUGUUCAAGGCGAUGGUCUCAUCGUGAGCACACCAACUGGAUCAACGGCGUACGCUGUUGCUGCUGGGGCCAGUAUGAUUCAUCCAUCAGUACCUGCUAUCAUGAUUACACCCAUUUGUCCACACUCAUUGUCAUUCAGACCCAUCGUUGUACCAGCAGGAGUUGAACUCAGGAUUUCCGUGUCACCAGACAGUAGAAACACAUCCUGGGUGUCAUUCGACGGACGCAAUCGUCAGGAGCUCUUCCAUGGUGACAGUUUGUGGGUAACCACGUCAAUCUAUCCGGUGCCAAGUAUCUGUGCUAUGGAUCAAAUAACUGACUGGUUCGACUCUCUGGCUGAGUGUCUCCACUGGAACGUGCGAAAACGCCAGAAACACCUGGAUGAGUUGAGCGACCUUACCCACUCCUCCAGCAACGACACCCUGGAUUCACUGGAUCGUGACAGCUAGGGACGAGUGAUAAGCGAAAGAUUGUCCUGAUUUAUCGAACCUCAACGAGUCAUCAAAAGCUCUCGCGACAAAAAAAAAUGAUUUUCCGGAAAAAUUUCAAUUCUUCGUGGGUAAAAUAUUAUUUUUUAGCGAAAGCUGCCUUCUGAAUAAAUUCAUACUUAUUUGUUCUCGUUAAAGACAUAGUUUGCUCAAAGAACCGAAAGGAGCAACAUUAUUAAUUCAUUAAGCCAAUCAUAAUCAUUAGUAUCAUAAUAAUUUUCUUUAUUGCCGAUCAAAACUGUAAUUAUAUUCUAGCUAAUCAUUUUUGGUCAUUUCCCAAGGAUUAAAACAGGAAGACAGUAAUUGUUCAGGCAUUCUAAUGAAUGAAGUACAUUACGGUUCAUUUUUUCCUGCAAUUUUAAUCGUCAAAUUGUUCUUUUGUAUAUUAUGAGAGUAGGUGUGAGUGAUGGGUGUAUCAUUAAUGUUGUGGAUAUUUUCCCGGAUCGAGUUGUUAACGUUGAUAAGAUAUAUAAGUGCGUCUUUUUAAUAAAACUAUUUUUUUACGAAAUAAUGAGGAAUAAAUUAAUUCUUCCCAAUUGCUAACUUUUUUAUGAUUUAAAAAUUUUUUUAUAUCAUUUGACGAGCUACGAAUGCCACCUGUAUAUAUUUCCCUUAUUUUUUAUGUAAAAAUGGUAUAUCGGAAAAGAAUUUGUCUGUAAAACAUGAAUUCAAGGACAAUAAAUCAUUGUGAAUAAUAUUAA